ACACACUGUGGCUGCUGUCUGCUGGCAUAAAGAGGGAAAGUCACUGUGGUGAUAAUGAGGCUGAACCUCGGUCAGCGUUUCGUUCCCUCAAAUUGUGGCAGAGUGAGACGUCUGUGUUGUUGUUGUUUUUUUUGCAAUCUUUGGAGCCAACAGACAGAGAGAGAGAGAGAGAGAGAGAGAGAGAGGUUCAGUCCUGUCGGGUCUCAUCGUCUCUUCCUCCGUAGCGAAUAUCUUCAUCUGUCUUCAUUCUGUCUGUGAUGGAGGAGAGAGAAGACCGAGGAGGAGGAGGGUACCACCGGGCAGCCAAGCGGCUGCGGACGGAGGAGGAGCUGGAGGACGGGGAGGAGGAGGAGGACUCUGCCGGAGAGGAGGCUGCGGGGAGCGGAGGCACCGAGCGCAGGAGCCGAAGGAGCGGAGGGAAGGACGGCGUGGAGGAGAGUCACCGCAUCCCCCCGUCCCCGGUCGUCCACGUCCGAGGGCUCUGUGAUGCUGUGGUGGAGGCUGAUCUGGUGGAGGCGCUUGACAAGUUCGGCAACAUCUGUUAUGUGAUGAUGAUGCCGUUUAAGCGUCAGGCUCUGGUGGAGUUUGACAGCGUGGAGAGUGCGGAGCGCUGCGUGUCUUGUGGAACGAGAGAGGCCGUCUGCAUCGCAGAGCAGCAGGCCUUCUUCAACUUCUCCACCAGCCAAAGAAUCACCAGACCCACCAACUCUGACGACCCCACCAGUGGAAACAAAGUCCUCCUGCUGUCCAUCCAGAACCCACUGUACCCCAUCACCACUGAUGUUCUGUACACAGUCUGUAACCCCAUCGGUAACGUCCUACGAAUCGUCAUCUUCAAGCGCAACGGCAUCCAGGCCAUGGUGGAAUUUGAGUCAGUGGAGGAUGCUCAGAAGGCCAAACUGGCUCUGAACGGAGCGGACAUCUACUCCGGCUGCUGCACGCUCAAGAUCGAAUACGCUCGGCCCAACAGACUGAACGUCGUCCGCAAUGACAACAGCAGCUGGGAUUACACCAAACCGUUCCUCCUGCAGCGAGAGCCGGGAAAGGGAAGGCAGCGUCAGGCCAUCUUGGGAGAGCAUCCAUCCAAUGGCUACGGCCCACACUGCCCCCUGCUGCCUCUGCCUGCUAACAGCAGGUACAGGAGGAGCAGUGAGGAGGUGCAGGACAUGGUCUCCUACCCUCUUCUCCUCCCUAAAACCUCCUCCUCCUCCUCCUCCUCCUCCUCCUCCUCCUUCCUGGGCCUCGCAGCCUCCAGCUCAGUUGCUAUGGUGAGCGGCCUCCAUCCCGCCAAGAUGAACUGCAGCUGUAUCUUCAACCUCUUCUGUCUCUACGGCAACGUGGAGAAGGUGAAGUUCAUGAAGAGCGUUCCUGGCACGGCGUUGGUGGAGAUGGGAGAUGAGUACGCUGUGGAUCGAGCCGUCACUCACCUCAACAGCAUCAAGGUGUUCGGCAAAAAACUCAACGUCUGUGUGUCCAAGCAGAAGGCGGUGAUUCCCAGUCAGGUGUUUGAGCUGCCUGACGGCAGCAGCAGCUACCUGGACUUCAGUCUGACCAGAAACAACCGCUUCAGCAGUGCACAGAACAACAGGAACAUCAUCCAGCCGCCCGCCGCUGUCCUGCACUUCUACAAUGCCCCGCCCACCCUCAGCCAACACCAGCUGCUCAAGCUCUGUACUGAACACAACGUUCCCGCCUUCACCAAGUUCAAGGUCUUUGAUGCCAAACCCAGCUCUAAGACCCUGUCUGGUCUGCUGGAGUUUGACAGCAAAACUGAAGCUGUGGAGGCUCUGACCGUCCUCAACCACCACCAGAUCAGAAUACCCAACAGCUCCAAUCCCUUCACCCUCAAACUCUGCUUCUCCACCUCCUCCCAUCUGUGAGACACAAAAGAGAUGGCCGCCACGGGCGCCCAGAGGAGAGGAAGUUUGUUCCUCACAAGAAGAGAAACAGAUGGACAAAAGAUUCUUAAUGGAUGGACUGUGUUUGUCACAGCAGGAAGUGAUGGAGCCACGAAGAAUAAAAGCACCUUAAAGACCACAGUGGACUACAUCAGUCACAGCGAGGACUGAACCACCUCCUUCAAAACUAGAUGACGUCAGCAGCCUGAGAGGAAAUCUUCUCCCAACUCACCCAGUUCAUUACAUCACACAUGAAAAAUCAAAUCAAUAAAUGACUUCAUCCUCCACAAAAAGGCCCUGAAGAGAAUUCUGAAGAUAUCAGCUGUAAGAAGAAUUAUUCACAGCAAAGCAGCCUCACAGGGUGGAGGAUCUGUAACAGGGUGUUACAGUAAAAACAAAUGUAUGUGUCAUUUUGUUUUGUUUACAUUUAAAGUCACACUGUAAAACCUGACAACACAUCUGACAUAAAUGAAUCCUCCAAACAAAUGGGAGUCACUCAUUCACACGAAUUAAACCCAACUCAAAAAUGAA